CAUAUCCUUAGGUGAGGAUUAAAAAAAAACAACCACUACUAAAUUACUACUGUGACAAAUAAUUUGAGAGUUAAAAUAAUUAAAAAGAACACUUAUUAUCAGAACAUGGCUCAGAGCCACAAAUUUGUAACUGAUGUUCCUAAAAGUUGUGAUUAUGUUUGUGACUUAGAGAAGGCCAAACCUCUGUGUGACUCAAAAGGAUCUUUAGAGUAGCUCCAAUUGAGAGUUGCCAUUUGCAUAAAAACAAUGUUUGGCUUUUUUAAGUGGAAGUUCUGUUUUACAUAUUAAAUAUAAUUACUUCUGUGGGCUAUUCAAAGUGAUGGAUAACUUAGUGGUCAAAAAGGCUGUGGAGAGAUGGUUUCAGAAUUGGGGGGUUGUUCCCCCCAAACUGCAACCCUAUUUCACUGCAAAUAACAUACUAUUGAUGCCAAUUCUUAUUCCUGAGGCAUGAAGAGUCUAGUGAAAUAGAGCAAUUCAUUAGGAACUGGAAGCAAAGGUCCCAAAAGCAAUUUCCAGGCCAACAUCACAUGACACUUACUGAACUAAUAUCUCACAGGUUCUGACACAGAGGAAGACGAACAUGGAUUCUCAGCUGAGAGGGUGGUGUCAUGAACACAAAUGUCUUUAGCCAAAGAUACUACAGGGUGUAUAAAUGUAAGCUCAUUCGAUGUAGUCAUCAUCGGUGGCGGAAUUGUGGGGCUUGCCUCCGCCAGAGCCCUCAUCCUGCGAUAUCCAGCACUUUCCAUUGGUGUUCUGGAAAAGGAGAAAGAUUUAGCUGUUCACCAGACUGGACAUAACAGUGGUGUCAUACAUAGUGGAAUUUAUUAUAAACCUGAAUCUCUGAAAGCUAAAUUAUGUGUGCAAGGUGCAGCCCUCAUCUAUGAGUACUGUAACCAAAAGGGAAUUGCUUACAAGCAAUGUGGCAAGCUCAUAGUAGCUGUUGAACAAGAAGAAAUUCCCAGACUUAAAGCCUUAUAUGAGAGAGGCCUGCAGAAUGGUGUCCAGGGGCUGAGGUUGAUCCAGCAGGAGGACAUAAAAAAGAAGGAGCCAUAUUGUAGGGGUCUAAUGGCUAUUGAUUGCCCAUAUACCGGCAUUGUGGACUAUCGUCAGGUGGCUGUGUCAUUUGCCCAGGAUUUCCAAGAAGCAGGUGGCUCUGUCUUGACCAAUUUUGAAGUUAAAGAUAUUGAAAUGGCUAGAGAAAGUCCUUCGAGAAGUGAAGAUGGGAUGAAAUACCCAAUUGUUAUAAGGAAUACAAAGGGAGAAGAAGUUCAAUGUCAGUAUGUUGUAACAUGUGCAGGACUUUAUUCAGACCGUAUUUCUGAGUUGAGUGGCUGCAAUCCCGAUCCUCAAAUUGUACCAUUCCGGGGAGAUUACCUAGUCUUGAAGCCAGAAAAAAGCUAUCUUGUGAAAGGAAAUAUUUAUCCGGUCCCAGAUAGCCGGUUUCCUUUCCUAGGAGUUCACUUCACACCAAGGAUGGAUGGCAGUAUUUGGCUAGGGCCUAAUGCAGUCCUUGCCUUUAAACGUGAGGGCUACAAACCCUUCGACUUCAGUGCCAGAGAUAUUACGGAUAUAAUUACCAAGAGUGGCUUGAUUAAACUGGUGUUGCAGAAUUUCUCCUAUGGAGUCAGUGAAAUGUAUAAAGCCUGUUUUCUCAGUGCAACAGUGAAGCAUCUUCAAAAGUUCAUCCCUGAAAUUACUGUCAAUGACAUAUUUAGGGGCCCGGCUGGAGUAAGAGCCCAAGCUCUGGAUCAAGAUGGAAAUCUGAUAGAAGACUUUGUAUUUGAUGGAGGAGUUGGGAUUAUUGGAAAUCGAGUUCUUCAUGUGAGAAAUGCACCUUCCCCAGCUGCUACCUCUUCCCUUGCAAUUUCUAGAAUGAUUGCAGAUGAAGUGCAACAAAGAUUUAAAUUGUAAAUAAUGAAAGAGCUAGCUACACAUUUUAAUCUCCUCAUUCGGCAACAUCCACAAGAAUGUACUAAUUACAUUCUUUUAAUUUAAGAAACAUGGUUUGAAAAUAGCAUUUUUAGAUACUUCAUGUGAUAACCAUUGAAUUGUUAAGCUUCUGUAAAAUAAAAAUAAUUUGUUGAAGUCCAUGCUCUUUUGCUUUGUGAAUAAAGAGGAAAGAUACAGUUGUAUCUGUCCUGAAUCUCUCUCUUUGCUAAUGACCUGUCCUCACCAUAAUCUAGAAAUUUGGCUUAGAAUUUUGGGGAAUGAUGGUAUUAAAAAAUGCCUAUUCCCUUAACUUUUUGACUUUGUAAUACCUAAACUUUUUGUCUCUCCUAGACAAGAAAAUAUAUUGUAGGUUGCAGACUUUUUAAUUUUGAAGUCUUAGAAAAGCCCACAUUUAGAGCAACAAUAUUUGUAUUUGGGAAUUAUUGAUUUUGAAAAAUAUGUGAAAUUUCACAUUUUUAAAGUAUUAGUUUGAGGAUGAUUCUACUAGCUAUUAUAUUUGGAGAGAAACUCAAAGCCUUUUGUAUUCCCAUUCUCUUUAUAACUGACUUGGUGUGGUGUCAUCACCAAAAGAAAAUAGCAGUACACUAUGAAUGGUUGUUGCCAACUCGUCAAUUUUCUGUGGUUGAGAAACUAAAAGAACAUAGAACUGAUAGGUUUUUACGAGAGCAGUUUUAGAAUCCUGGCACUGGUACACAGAACUCUGUAAUUCAAAAAAUUAUUUACCUCUUAUAUCUCUACUCUUCAGUUACACCAAGGUUCUCACAUGUUAGCUAAGAUCACUAAUGAUUCAUGUUGACUUGGUUUUCCAGGGAUCCUAUAAACUUCUGUGAGGAUAUUUCUUCAAUUUUGGAAAUUACCUAACUCUGAGGCAUUCACUUUUGUAAA